AUGGCCGUCGACCCACGACUGCAGUUCCCCUUCGAUAACGGCUUUCCCUUCCCCAGCCAAUCCCCCAAUUCCGCGCCGACGGGCCAAUAUGAUCCCAAUGCCAUCUCCUACGGCAUGCCCAUUGUGCAUCGAGAGCAUGAGCAAGACUGGAGUAACUCAAACGGCUUAUCGUCACACCUAAGUGGCGGCGCGAAUGGACUACAAAAUGGCCAAACUAGUCCGCGGGCGCGACUGCGCGGUACGCGAAACAACCAACAAUCGCCCUUGAACGCAGCCGCCCGACCCCUUCCGCAGCACACGGCGAGUCCCAAGCAGAGACCAAAUCAGAGGCCCAGCGCCCUUGUAUUCAAGAACUCGACUGCAAACUAUCCACAAGGUGCCGCUGUGCCUUCUAACGACCAGAUUGACAGCAACACCGACAUUUACAUCCCCCUCACGCAAACACCUACCAACAACGUGAACUAUUUCUCAUCCGAUGGUGCCGCUCCUUUACCUUCCGGUCCUCUGGACCCCGAGCUCGAACAAGACGCCAUUGACCCUGGUAGCACGGGUCCAUCUGCGAACCCUUUUUCUGACAACUUCCCUCUUGUCACUCAACCACCAAACCUUGAGCAAUGGCGGACGCGCCUCUUCAACGUCCAACAACCAGUACAUCUCACCGAGGCGCAGUUUUUGACAUACUUUCCUCACAUUGAUAAUGUCUACUCGCACCGUUCGACGCAAAAGUAUAAACGCAAGCCCUUCAUGUCGCAUUACUGGGACUGCCGUCUCAAGGGCAGACCGUCGGGCACGAAGAAGAGCGAGGAUCCAAACAAGAAGAAGCGCAAGCGUGAGAAACGCGAACGAGAUCUUUGUGAUGUCAAAAUCAAGAUCACCGAGUGGUUCGGCGAGGACCAAUGCCGCGAGCUGGGCAUUGAACCAGACUAUCCAAAGAUGGAUGGCACGAACGAAGACGGCCUGCAGAUCGUUAUGGAGUCAACAAACGACGUCAACGGCGAUCCCAAUAGCAAUGCUUUUGGGAUGUUAGAACCCACCAAGCGCUAUCCACGUGGACAUCCGGGCGCGGAUGGGAAGCGGUGGUAUACUAUUCAAAGAGUGAAUGGCAGCGUGCAUUCCAACGCGGCAACCGGUAUCGUUGAGGAUGAUGCGGGCGGUGGCGGUGACGGUGACGACAAGGACCUUGAUCACAAGCACUCACUUGAGGAGAGUGAUCGCAUCAAGAAAAAUACCGUGCAACGCUUCUUACUCAAGGAGGAAAAAGAACGGAAAGCCGCGAAGAAGGGUAAAUCCGACCCCAAUACUCCCUCUGCCGCCAGCACAACAAGCACCACCUUCUACCGUGCCACAGGUCUCGCACAGCAAACAGCCUCUGCCCACCAUGGCCACGUCUCCACCCACCUGACUUUCUUCGGCAACGCCUUCUGCCCUUUCGCACAACGCAUAUGGAUUGCUCUCGAAUUGAGAGGCAUUCCUUAUCAGUAUGUGGAAGUAAUACCCCCCGUCGUCACCUCAGCGCCCGCCAAACCCGAAGCUCUUCUCGAGGUUAACCCCGAAGGCCACAUUCCGUGCAUCCGCCAUGGCAACUGGGGCAUAUGGGAGAGCAGCGUAAUGAUGGAGUAUCUCGAAGAGUUGGACGGUGGCGUGCCCCUGCUGCCGCGGGGUAGAGGGAGCGCACAGAUCCGCGCGCACUGCAGGUUGUGGGUGGACCACGUGGAGCGCAAAGUUCUUCCUUCAUUCUAUGCCGUGCUCCUUAUGCCGCCGCCGCACGAUGAUGAAGACGCGGAGCAGACGGAGAACCGAAGUCUGCUCAUGAACGCCUUGCAGGCAGCCAUCACGAAACUGGUCAACGCUAGUCACGCCAUCGGGCCAUUCUUUCUUGGCGAGAACAUCAGUUAUGUAGACGUCAUGUUCGCGCCGUGGAUCAUUAGAUUGUCGAGGGUCUUGGAGCGGUAUCGAGGUUGGCCGCGGCCGGAGGUAGGGACGCGCUGGCAGAGCUGGGUGAACGCCGUCGAGGGCGAUGAGAGGGUUCGGCGGACUGUCUGUAAGGAAGAGAGCUAUCACGGGGUGUAUAGAGGUGUGGGUGAAGAUGGGUGGAAUAACAGCAGUUGGGCAAAGGAUCGCAAGAAGAGUAUGGUCGAGAUGGCUUACGCCAGAUCGGUCAUUCGACGUGAAGGGUUCGGGCUCGGUGGUGACUUGUAUGGUCGGCUGGGCGCGGAUCCAGAGACAUUGUAG